CAUAAAGCUAAUUGUACUGUAUUACUACAAACUUGACUAUGAGCAAUUACCAAAAUCUCCCUAAAACAAUGAAAGAAAAAGAACUUGAGAAGGAAAAAGAAAAAAUUAUGAAAAUGGUGGGCAUCCCUCUCCCAUCAAUUUUUACCCCUACGGGAAAUUCCCUUAUUCCACGGGUUAUAGUUACUAACAUAACAGUUUAUGCCAUAUCUACUGAUAUAUGGAUGAAUUCUCGAAGGCAUCCUACUAAUAAUUUACAACAUGGUCUUAGAGUUAAUGAAGUGAUUACUGAUAUGGACCUUCACACGGCAUCAAGUCAUGGAAGUGUCAUUGAGGUUCAAGAGGUGGUUCAUAGAAAAGAGGAGUUGUUAUGGUGUAAGGAUUCCCAACAAAACCUGCCUUUGCACCUCGCCGUGAUGAAUGGAAAUAAAGAGGUUGCAUGCUACUUGAUUAGGAAAUAUCCGCAAGCCUCGUAUGCCUUGAAUUGCUUGAACAUGUCUCCUCUUUACCUUGCCGUGGUGCACCACUCUAAGGACUUGGACUUGGUUGACAACAUGUUUCGCGAGCUGGUUAGGGAUGAUCAUGUUGUUGACCAUUUAAGUAGAGGAAAAUCUAUCGUACGUGCUGCCAUUAAAGAUAAUAGUCAAGAAAUGCUACAAACAAUACUCAAGUAUCAACCUGAGCUAAUCAAGUCUCGAGAUGAAGAAGGAUUAACACCUCUAUCUUACGCUGCUUUCAAUGGUUAUGUUGAUACAGUUUACUACUUCCUCAAAAAGUUUGAGAAAUCAAUUAAUUACCCAAACGAAGAUAAGUCAUACCCUAUUCACAAGGCAUGUUUAGGAGGCCAAGUUGAUAUCUUAAAGAUGUUCCAUUCCAAAAUCCCUGAAUCAUUGCUCUCUGUUGAUCAUCAUGGGCGAACAGUACUGCAUCUAGCUGCGAAAGAACGCGGCAACAAGUUGAAGCACAUAGUCUCAUACUUGUUGAGCUUAUCACACGGUAAAGUGCUAAUGAAGAAGAAAGAUGAAAAUGGUUUCACGUGCUUGGAAUUAGCUAGAAAUAGCAGAAAUCAUGAGGUCGAGGAAGUUAUUAGAAGAAGCAUGGUUGCCUAGAAAAGACUUUUCUGCUGCCAAACAGAUACAACACAUUCAUUCCAUUACUUAUUUCUGUGCCUUUUUUGUGGUGGGACGGGGGGAUCUAAGGGUGAAUACAUACAUAUAUUAGGUGGGUAAUUCACAUUAGUUUAUACUAUAUUCUACUAUAUAUACAUACAGUUGCACUUUUAUUAUCAACAACGUUUUACAUCUAAAAUUUUCAAUUUGGGGAGGGGAAAAACACGUACUUUUUUGUUUUUGUUAGUUGUUGUAAUGCUAGCUUGU